CCUAUGAUCAGCUCGGUGUGCGUCUCCUCCUACCGCGGGCGCAAGUCGGGCAACAAGCCGCCGUCCAAACCAUGCCUCAAGGAGGAGAUGGCCAGGGGCGCGGCGUCGGAGAAGAUCGUCCUCAACGUGGGCGGCACGCGCCAUGAGACCUACCGCAGCACCCUGCGCACGCUGCCCGGCACCCGGCUGGCCUGGCUGGCCGACCCCGGCGGCGGCGGCGCGGGCGGCGCGGGCGGCGGCGGCGGCGAGUUCUUCUUCGACCGGCACCCCGGGGUCUUCGCCUACGUGCUCAACUACUACCGCACCGGCAAGCUGCACUGCCCCGCCGACGUGUGCGGGCCGCUCUUCGAGGAGGAGCUCACCUUCUGGGGCAUCGACGAGACCGACGUGGAGCCCUGCUGCUGGAUGACCUACCGGCAGCACCGCGACGCCGAGGAGGCGCUGGACAGCUUCGAGAGCCCCGAGGGCGGCGGCGAGGGCGGCGACGGGGAGCGCGACCCGGCCCUGCCGCGCCCCGGGCCCCACGACGGGGGCGGCGGCGCGGGCGCGGGCUGCGGGGGCUGCCGCGGCUGGCAGCCCCGCAUGUGGGCGCUCUUCGAGGACCCCUACUCCUCCCGCGCGGCCAGGGUGGUGGCCUUCACCUCUCUCUUCUUCAUCCUGGUCUCCAUCACCACCUUCUGCCUGGAGACGCAUGAGGCCUUCAAUAUCGACCGCAACGUGACAGAGAUCCACCGUGUGGGGAACGUCACCAGCGUGCGCUUCCGGCGGGAGGUGGAGACAGAGCCCAUCCUCACCUACAUCGAGGGCGUGUGCGUGCUCUGGUUCACGCUCGAGUUCCUGGUCCGCAUUGUGUGCUGCCCUGACACGCUGGACUUUGUGAAGAACCUGCUCAACAUCAUCGACUUCGUGGCCAUCCUGCCCUUCUACCUGGAGGUGGGGCUGAGCGGCCUGUCGUCCAAGGCCGCCCGGGACGUGCUGGGCUUCCUGCGUGUCGUCCGCUUCGUCCGCAUCCUGCGCAUCUUCAAGCUCACGCGCCACUUCGUGGGGCUGCGGGUGCUGGGCCACACCCUGCGGGCCAGCACCAACGAGUUCCUGCUGCUCAUCAUCUUCCUGGCCCUGGGGGUGCUCAUCUUCGCCACCAUGAUCUACUAUGCCGAGCGCAUCGGCGCCAGGCCCUCCGACCCGCGGGGCAAUGACCACACCGACUUCAAGAACAUCCCCAUCGGCUUCUGGUGGGCUGUGGUCACCAUGACGACGCUGGGCUACGGGGACAUGUACCCCAAGACCUGGUCGGGCAUGCUGGUGGGGGCGCUGUGUGCGCUGGCGGGCGUGCUCACCAUCGCCAUGCCUGUGCCUGUCAUCGUCAACAACUUCGGCAUGUACUACUCGCUGGCCAUGGCCAAGCAGAAGCUGCCCAAGAAACGGAAGAAGCACGUGCCCCGGCCGCCCCAGCUGGGGUCACCCAUUUACUGCAAGUCUGAGGGCACCUCUCCUCAGGAUAGCACCUACAGCGACGCCAGCCCCCCUGCCCCUGAAGAGGGGUUGGUGGAGAGGAAACGGGCAGACUCCAAGCAGAAUGGAGAUGCCAGCGCGGUGCUGUCAGACGAGGAGGGGGCCAGCCUCACGCAGCCCCUGGCCUCGGGCCCGGCCCCUGAGGAACGCCAGGCCCUGCGGCGCGCGGGCACCGCCCGCGAUAGGAACAAGAAGGCGGCUGCCUGCUUCCUGCUCAGCGCCGGGGACUACGCCUGUGCCGAUGGAAGCGUGCGCAAAGAAGGCACGGUUGAGCCGAAAGCGUGCGUCCCAGUGUCUCACACCUGUGCUCUUUAAACAGAGACCUGCCAAGAUGCCCUCUCGUCCAACUAUGCCCAAGCCGAAGUCCUCACCCUCUCUUAAAGCGGCAGCGGCGAGCGAGAGACGGGCAGACAGACAGAGAGCCAGAGGCUUAGGGAGAACUCUGGAACCCAGGCAAGAACCUGCCCCUGGGAGGACUCAGAUAUCCUUGCCGGCACAGGACUGGUGGAAGAGCUCCCGCGUGCCCCUCGGGCGGGCCAGGCCGGGGCGGCUGUGUUCUGUUGUACAUUGCAGAGAUCUCUGUAUGCGCACAUAGUAUCUAUAUUCAUACAUACUGUACUCUCGUGUGUAGUGUUCUGCUCCUGGUGGUCCGUCUUUGUUAGGCUGCGUCUCCCCACGCCUCCCCCAGCCCCAGCCCACGCCCCACCCCGACGCCCGC